ACCAAUACAUCUAAGUGCUGCACUAACAAGCGAAGCUAACUUUUUCUCUGCGUUUCGGUUUUAAUUUUAAGCAUUACUGUAUGAUGGACAACGAAGGUCGCGCAACGGCAGUUUCUUCAUGGGAUGACGUUUAACGUGCGCGUAUCCAUCCGGACUGAAUAGCUUUAUCGUGUCGGACUGUAAAGAAUAACGACAAUUUCAGCUGUUAUUAAAGGACACGGACAUGAAAUCACUUCUUCUGAUCUGCGUGUUUCUUUUGUCGCUCCAGACACUGGCGCUGCCGGCGCGCAACAGACCGAGUGUUCCUGGAACACCAUGGAAGCUUCUAGAAACAGAGGGCGGCGUUGCCAUGGAAACCAUCACCAUCCCCUCAAAAGCACCGAGUUCCGGGGCAAAAGAGCGGUGGGUCUGGAGAGCCCUCCUGCAUAAAGGACACCCGUCGAGACAGACCGGCACACCGUCCAAUCAGAACAGCACCCCCCAGGGUCACUCCCGGGAACGUCGGCAGGUCCGGGGUCAGCUGAUGCGUGUGGGCUGUGUGCUGGGUACCUGCCAGGUGCAGAAUCUCAGCCACCGGCUCUACCAGCUAAUGGGGCAGAACGGACGCCAGGACAGCUCGCCCAUCAAUCCCAGAAGUCCUCAUAGUUACGGAUAAAACUGAUGAAGCACUUGAGAAUAAGGAGAAUGUGACAAAAGACGUAAAGAAACCGUACGGACUGUCCUUCUACAGUGCACGUAUGUGAGAACGCCCGAGCUGUCGCUGAGCUGUCUUACCUACUUUUAAUACUUGAUACCCUUGGAAGCUUCAUUAUCUGUAUGUUUUAGAAGACUGUUUGGGAGGAUUGUUCUCUCGGUCUCUCUGAUAAUCUGAGACGCAUCGGCCUCGACUGAGCCAGCUAAAGCCGUACAGAGCUUCGACAAGCACUUGAGAGUAAACAUCCCGUAUUAGGACAUUAAAGCCGUAUGAAUGCUAUUGCAUGAGAUACCAAACUAGCACACCUUCAUGCAAACAUUUCAAGAAAUCUAAAUGUGUAAUGUUAGAGAAACUUGUCUAAAAUUCAUGUGAUGAAUCACCUAAAGGUUACUCUGCUAGGACACUUCUGUGAAGGAUAUGUUAGUUCCGAGAAGCGAUCUAACAUUUAUUUGCGGACACUUCCUACUUGGUUACAUGUCAUCAAAUGCCAUGAAAUUAAAGGGAUAGUUCAUCCAAAAAUAAAUAUUAUAUGUUAUUCCAAUCUGUUUGACUGCAUGUGAUACUGUGACAAUCUGCAGAACACAAAAGAAGACAUUUUGAAGAAUGUUGGUCAUUGUAUGGACAUAAAACCACAGAGACAUUUCUCAAAAUGUUUACUUUUGUUUCAAGGAAGACAGAGUCUUAUACAGACAACAUGAGGCUGAAUAAAUAAUGACAGAAUUUUUUGUCUCAUCCGUCUCCUCAUCUGCCAUGAUCCAGGUACAAGCAGACUCACUACAAGCAGAUCAAUGCAUCAGAUCGAACCCACACCUGCUUUAUUUUUAGCUGUCUAUGAUCUUUAACUAGUUGAGGCAAAAGUAUUUCAAGAUCUGAAGAGUCCAAAUACUUUUUUUAGGGUCAUAAUUUUUUAGGAUUAUACUCAGUAUUCACCUUUAAACUUUUAUAAUGUUAUUCAUCCAUAAAGCUCUCAUGUUUGCAACAACAUUUGAUCACAACGACCCAACAGUCUUCCAAAAUAAAACAUGAAUUUAAACAUGAUCAUCUGGCCAAAAAGCAUGUUUUCCCAUCCAUCCAAACACACACAUCCCAUUAGUUUCUCUUAGUGGUGUCACCGGAGAACUGUCCGUAUGUCCUCCUGCGUACAUCAGUUACACAGGUCAAAUGUUACCAUAAACAUUAAGCACUUUAAACGAGAAAGAAUUGAUUUGGCUUUGACUUGAAUGGAAAGAGUUGUUAUUUAAUUCUUAGUUAACAAAGGCAUCUGAUGUGUAAAUAUUUUUUAUAAGUGUAAAAUGAUCGUAUGUUUCUAGCUAUUCGUCUCCGUUGUGUAUGUUAAUAUCAUUUAACGUGUCAAUAAACAAAACAUUAAAAUGUU